CAAACAAAAGUAUUCCAGAAAUUUAUUUGCAUCAAGGCUUUUAACUAAUAUGGUGUAUUUAUCAAUCAGCUCUUGGAUAAGACAUUUGAUGAGUUUGCUAGCCUUUGGAUGAAUAUGAAAGUUGAAGUAAAGACCAAAGAAGAUCAUGAAGCUCGACAAUUCAAGUUCAAGCCUCGUGCAUUUAAGAUAGAGAACAUAAUGGAAAUUGACAUAUCAACUCUUGGUGGUUCAUUAGAAAAUGAGAUACUUUCAGACUGGCAGGAAUUGCUUUCUGAUGAAAAAGUUGCUGAAAAGCGUACUGUUGAUGGAAUUGCUCAUGGUGUGAUCUCUUUGACUGGGAGAAUCAGUGACAUAAAUUUUAAGGCUGCGGAAUUUCCUGCCUUGAGCAACACUACAGGGCUAGUGGAUUCUGUAGUUUACCUUGUUGACGCGUACGACAAAGAGAGAUUUGCAGAUCUGGAUGCCCUACAUAAAAAACAACAACAAUACUGA